GACUGACUGAACAGAAUCACCAAUCCUUUGGCAGGUAAUGCAUUUCAAUUAUUAGUAAAUAAAAAUCAUAAAAAGUCUGCUCUAAAGUAUUUAAAAUGAACCUCCCUGGCGGUUCUCCCCUGAGUGUAGCUCGGGGUAAAGUUUCAGCACCACAAGUGGUAACCCCGAGCUACACUUGGGCAUACCAUGCAGCGUUGCUCCGGGAUUCCUUCUGCACUUACCUUGUCCUGCGCUCUCGUAAUGUCCCUCCUGCAGUGUCCCCGACCAUGUCCUCCGGCCGAUGCCGGCAUCUGUCUUCCAGGUUCCGUUUCCUGCGAGCGUCGGGACGUACGGGGACGGAACUGGCAGGAAAUUUAAAAAUGUCAAAAAGUGAC